ACCUCGCGUUGUAGUAGGAGACGAUUUGCAAACUUAAGUGGAAUGAAUUAUUUUACAAGCUUAUUUUUCUCAGGACUAGUAGCUUUAUGUCUGGCAGAGUAUUCAGAGAAACUAAAACAAACACAGAAUUUUAUCGUUGGAAAAUGUGCUAAAGAACAGGGUAUAGAGUUGAACAGUGAUUUUACGAAACAAUGGGUGUACACAGGACUCCUUUUCCCAGAUGAGGAGAUAUCGAGGAUAUUUGCGGUUUGUCUUGUAGGCGCUAUAGGCAUGAUGGAUGCUGAUGGGACGAUUAAUCCUCAACCUUUGAUUGACUUUCUGGCCGAUACUUAUGACUUUCAAAUAAUAACAGAACAUAUGAACAAAUGUAACACGGGUGACGGAGACACCAUCGAAGAUAGAGGAUACAACUUCUACAAGUGUUUCUGUGGUGACAAGUCAUUCAAUUCGUAUCUGGCCGGUACUGAGCCUUGAAAAUAAAAAAAAAACAAUCCCUUAUCCACCUGGUGAUUUGAUAAUGUCUUUUCAAAUUCAAUUGAUUCAUUCAAAUGAACAGGAAAAUAUAAAAAAUGUACAGGUGACGCAAUAUGCCGUUUUUUUCACGUGAAUGCAUUGGAGCUGCACACCAAAAAAAUAUUUAAUUUACAGGCGAUGCAAAUCUAUAGAUGACACAAUUUGAAAGAACUUAAAGAAUCAGCAUCUAACGAGGAAAAAAACACGAGUACAACUAUUAAAUGAAAACUGCGAAAAACUAACCUCGAAGCGAUCAACCAAAAAUUUCAAGUCAGCGUCUGAUAAAAAAGCGGAGGGUUCAAUUAGACUUGUGAUGCGAUGAGGAAUGUGUGCUGGUGGAUGCUGCUGAAAGAUAAAAAACUAUUUCAGGUACUUCCAGAUCGUGGAUCUGGAAACCGUUAAAACUGAAAUAACAUUAUUUGGUCAUCUGGCUACAAGAUCUACAAACUAAAAAAAUUGUUGCCAUUUUCAACGAAAUUGAUUCUCUUUUUUCAGUGUCAUUUAUGGAAAACACCCUUGAAAGCAAAACCCCUGUAAUUCUGAGAGUAGGAUCGAAAUGAACGAAAACCGUCGUCCGGGCAUGAGAAAGACAAACAAGUGUCAUGAGUUUUUCUCUUUAAUACUCGUUGAUACCAACAAUUUUAGAAAACUAUAAUUUUUAGUUAUUUGUUGUGAUUUUUUCAUACUGAAAUUAUUCUUAUACAUUGCUGAUCAUAUUCUCAAUAGCAUGCACCAAAAUAUAUGUUGUUGGGUUAAGUACAACAAGAAGUAUUCACAAUUAAGUUCUACAAAUCCUUGAACAUAGUUAUUUUGAAAAGGCGCCCCAUAGUAAAGUAAGUCGUAUUCACGGCAAACAAAAAGGACGGCAUCUCAAGACCUGCCAUUUGAUAGAUUCAGUAAAGGUGAAGUUAGAUAAAGUUUGAUAAAUUCAAUAAAGGAAGGAUAUGUAUGACCGAUUUUCACACACUUAACCCUCAGGAUACGGACUAUAAAAAAGUUAUGUUCAGUACGGACAGGGUUAGCCUAACCCGGCGACUUUGAUUGGGUGUAUAUCGAGCUGUACUUUGUCAAUUUGAAUAAUUGUUUUUUAUUUUGUGUGAAAUUGUCUCAAAAAUAUAAUAGAGUUGUCAGAUUAAUCAUUUAACUGAUUGAAAAAAAAUUAUAAUGAAAAAUGUGAACGGGUCUUGAAUUUUUUUUGUAAAAAACGUUUUUUUUUCAAAAUGCUGUAACUUUUUGAAAAAAAAAAUUAACAU